AUCCACAUCAAACUAAUAAGCGCAUUUGACCACUCUCUUCAACAUUACAAGCACAAAUGAAAUAAUAAUAGACGGACAAAGAUAAGCUGUCUGCACGAAUCGACAAAACCCGAACGAAACCGAAAGGGACCGAACCGAUUUCAACAGACGACUCGCUCGCCCACUUGGUUUCGCCCUUGAGAGAACAACAUUACUCCUUCUCUGUUGCACUCACGGAACCGCGGUAAUGUCGCUUCCAAGUGCCACGAUCAGAAAAUUUCGCCAUUUUGUAUUCAAUUGUCGAAGAGUCUACUGGCUCGUUGAAAGUAUGUUUUUGUGACCGUGAAUACAUAGUGAAUCAAUUUCAUUAGAAAGAUGUCAGUACAACGUUUAUAAAUGUGACAAGAAUAUAGUGUCUAAGGACUGUCAAUAUCAUGUCAAAGUUGGAGAAAUUCAAACGGCGGUUAAUCCGCACAGUGGCCAGACUUCGGCAGCAGAAGAUACCCGAAGAUAAGUUGUGGAUGCAACUGCAGAAGAACACCAAGUGCGAUUGUCGAUGGAUGUGGAAUCACAUGCGAACGUUGACAAUAAAGCGAUUGAAGCGCUUGCUCUUAGCGGUAGAUCGGCAUGAAAAUAUCACGGCGGUAGCUCGCAUGACGCUCACAGACUGGAUGAUGUGUGAUUUUAUACUUGUGCACGAGAAAAUCGACCUUAUCGGAGCGAGCCUAAACCUGAGGUCGGAGCCGUUGUCUCUAUUAGAGCUGUUCUCACUGGUGCAGCGGUUCGGCGUGGAGGGACGGUCUGGAGACGAGCUGGCCUCCGCCUGGACUGCUGCCACUAUCCAGUAUAAUUACCAAGGGCGCCAGUGUUCACCGAUGCUACUGCAGCGCCGGUGGUAUCAGAUGAAGGAUCUCACACGCAACAGAUUCUACAACUUCUGGUUUGCUUACCGCGGAAACGCAAAAUAUCUGGACGAUGCGCGUGCGCAGCACGGCCCAACUAAAUUACAAAUGGCGAUCGCGAAAAGAUACCCCCAUAUAAUUACCAUGCCGUUUCUUUCAUGGGAGGAAUUAAUAGAAAAACGGCUCGCCAUAUUACCAGACGAAUUUGAAGUGAAAAUGAGAACAUUGAACAAUACCUCUGAUCUACCCAAACCUUGUGAUGAAAAUUCACCAGAUCUCAUAAUAGUUGAACCAGAAAUAGAAGUAAUAGAUCUUAGAGUAAAUUCCGAAUCAGAAACUGAAUAUGAUGAACAGGACAUGGUUACAGAAGCACAGAAAAUGUUAGGUGUAAAUGAAAUGGAUGGGAAAUCUCGUGAUUCGAGUUCAAUCGAUGCUGCCACAGACUCUCAUAACACAAAGACAACAUCAACAACAAAGACAACUUCUCAAAAAACUACUAUAAAAGUUGAACCACAGGAAACAAACACAGAAGUAAUAGAUGAAAUAGAUGACUUAUACGAUUGUGAAGACUUAGCAACAACCGUUAUACCUUCAGAUAUAGGUGAUAAUGCAAUUUCUAGGAUUGCUAAUCCUGUUGUUAAUUCUCAAGAAAAUAUUAAUGAAAUAUUCAGUGAAGAACAAGCCACAGAUCUGACUGAGGAUCCAUCCAGUAACGAAAUUCCUAUUGUCGCACCUGAACCGAUGAUGAUGCCUUUAAUAACUAACGUUUUUGGGAAUGUUCACAUUGAAAAUGAAGCGUUAGUUGGCAUAAGUAAUGCUUUAUUAGAAAAAAAUAUAGACGAAUCUGUAGUUAAUAAUAAUGUGAAAACAUCUGAUGUUGUACAAUCAAAUUCAGUAGACCAGGUAAAGACAGUAAAUAAUGAAAUUGAAGAAAUAGAUUUAGAAGAAGAUAUAAUAAGUACUGUUGAUGUUAAUAAGUCCACCCUGAAUAAUCGUGUUGCGGAAGACAAAUCAAACAUUAAAAGUGAAGUAGAUAAUUUUGAAGAUAUGUCGAUCAAUUUAACAAUGAUUGAUGAUGGUAUAGAAUUGGUCGAUGAUGGUAUAGAGCUGUCUGAUGAAUAUGAUGAUGUAGACACUCGAACAAAACCAUCAUCUGAUAAAGAUAAAACGAAAAUUAAUAUAAAGACAGAAUGCGGUACUAAAGAAAACGAAGAUAAUCCAAAAUUCGAUUUAAAACUUUUAAUGGAUCCCGUGGUAUAUACAACAAAAUUAGAUGAUAUGAAUUAUUUUAAGACUAAUAAUUUUACAUACGUUAAAGAUAUAACGAAUAUAAAUGAUAUUAUCAUAGAGAGUAAACCUGUUAGUAAAAGAUCGAUUGAUAAUUCUAGAAAAGAAAAUACAGUUGAGCCCACAGGUCACCUUGAAGAAAAUUAUAUGAAUGAUGAUUUAUUCGAUAAUAACUCUAUAGUUAAUGAAAAAUCUGUAUUAAGUGAUAGUGAAAAUGAAGACGUACCUGAGAAAAUGAAAGUUAGUUUGUCAAGUGUAUUAUUGCAGAAACCACGCGCACGUACAUAUGAUUUCAUAAACUUGUGCAAAAAUCCUGAUUUUAAUACUAGAUUGAAAAGGUUAACUGUAGGGUUUCUGAGCUCUACUCGUAAUAGACAGUUAUUAAAGGCUUGUAAACCAAUGACUGUAGAUGUAAACAAAGUUUUCGAAUCUAAACUUAUAAAUAAUACUUUGUAUUUAAAAUCAUGUCAAAUGCCAAAAAAUGCUAAGCCAGUAAGUGACAUUUCAGUGGAAGCUAGUAGUUUAGGUGAGCAAACUAGGACUAUUGUCCCUUCUGCCAUGUCUGUACAGAGUCUAAUAGAUAAUACGAAAAUAAAUAUGGAAGAUCUAUUACAAACAACACUUGUAAAGACCAAUAGUGAACCUAAUAAUAGUCAAGAAAGUAGUAAAAAUCUAGAAGACUUACGUGAAAGAAAAAAAAUAAUUUGUUUACCCGAUAUUAACAAUGUUCGUCGGAUUAAUCAAAAACUUCUCAUCGCAGAAGUAACGCCAAUUCGUAUUCAAAUAGAUAAUGAGAAAAAGGUAACGCCUCCAGUUCAAAUUGUUUCUCAAGAUAUCUCAUCAGAUAUUCAAAUAAGUUCCGCAAAUUCGGAAAAAAAGGUUUCCUCUAUUACCAAAUCUGUUACUAAAGUUCCCAAUAUAACCUGUAAUAUAGAAAAAGUUUCUAAUCAGAAUAGUAGUAAUAUUAAUGCUAGAAAAACUAUUAAUAUAGACGCCUUACUAAAUAAAGGAAAACUCAAUGAUUUAAAUUCGAUCACAGAUAUUAAUAUUAUGAAAGACAGUACAUUAAAUGCACCAAAAAAUGGAAAAAAUAUCGAUAAAACGUCUUCUUUACACACUCGGACGCAAAUACCAAGAUUCUCAGCGCCGAUUUCUUGGUUAAAUCCAAACAAAAAUACUAAAUGCAUAGACAGUCUUCUAACAAUGGACACACUUAAUAAAAUGCUUAAUGUAAUUUGUCCAGAUAUAGAAUUAUCAACUACCAUGAAAGACAAUAAAAAAUCUAAAGCUUUUAGAAACCAAGCGUCAGAGUUACAAAAAAACUUAGAGGAGUUCGAAAGAAUUUCAAAGAACGCACCUAAUUUGGUCUAUAAAGUAAAUAGCAAUUUAUCUAAUAGCGUUAGCCCUGAAACAAAUGAAACGAAUUUACAGACAUUGGUUGCUAAAUCAAUAGCACAAAAUCAGACUUCUAGUCACAAAAUGUCAAUAAAAAGGAAAAAAAUUAAAACCAAUAUAAUUCCACGUCGGUUAGGCUCUGAUUAUAAUGUCUCCAAUAAAUAUUGCUGUUGGGCUCGUGAGAGAAUAAAUGAAGCUCCCUUGAAAUCUAUUCGAAAUCAUAAGCAUACAUUAAAUCAAUGUACAUGUUGUUGUAAAUUAGAUUUGGUAGAAUUUUUAAAGAAGAAAGAAAAUUUCUUUGCUCGUUCUACUACAGAUGAUGCCAUAAUUCUUCCUAAUAAUGAUAAUUCAAGUCUGCAAAAAGCAUGUGAAACUAUUGAACGCGUGGUCGAAGAAUCACGCAAAUUAUGUAGCAACAAUGAACAUGAAAAACCUAUUAAUUCGACAACAGAUACUAUUCCAAGCAUAACCAAUAAACAAGAUAUUAUUUCUGCGCCUGUAGAAGUUAUAUCUUCAUUUGUUGAUAUGAAAUGUACAUCUACUGAUAUGAACUUGGAUACAAACAUCAAAAACAUCGCAGAAGUGCCAAGCACAGACGGGAUGCAUUCUGUUGCUACUACAGUGUCAGUUAAUAUUAAUACUGACAAUAAAGCAUCACAGUUGCCAGAAGUUCAAAAUAUAUGUCCUGACUCUUCAUUUGUAGUAUCUGAUAUUAUAAAUGUCGAUGAGGAUGAUGAAGAUACGAAAAACCCUGUAAAUCUAGAAUCAGAUCAACCGUCAUCUAAUCCUGUUCCAGUUAACGUGACAGAACUUCCGUUUACAAUUAUUGUAAAACCUAGAAUUUCUUCUGUAAAUGUAGUAUCAUCUGCUGAACCUGGAAUUAAAUCAUCAAUAAGUACUGAUAAGAGCCUAAGUAGGCAAGAAAGACUUAUCAACAAAAGACGGCCCACAGAACAGAGAUUAGGGCAUUGUGACUUAGGAAAACAAUUAGUUAUUGAUGGUACUAAAGGAUUACAAUCAUCAAAUAUACAGAUAACUAAUAAUGUAAUUGUGCUUUCAAAAAUUAAGCAGAUACAGAGUCCAAUAUAUUUAGGACAAAAUAAAAUAUUAUUAACUGAUGUAAAAUUAUCAAAGAAAAAUACUAAUGCCAAUCAAAUGCCAAUAUUAGGAGAAAAAUCAUUGCUUACACAUAGGCCAGUAAAUACCGUACUUUUACCACUGGGUGCUGAAAUGACAUAUGUUGAUAUAGAUCCAGAGCUGAUAAGUAACACACAGAUUCCUUUUUUACCUAAAAUCGAUAAACCUGUUAAUUCUCUAAUAUCUAGCAAUGACACAUCACGUGUUAUAUCUACAAAUCAGGAUGUUAAUGAAAUUAUAAAUUUGUCCGAUGAUGAAAAUAGUAAUUCUGAAAAUAGCGAAGUGAAUCAACAGGUUAAAUCUUCGCAAAGGAAAGAAAUAAAUAGUUCUUCUGAAUCGGUAACAGAUACAUCAAUCACUGAUUGUCAUGUUAUUAUUAGUGAUCAAGUUUCGAAUUCUACAUUGUCUAAAAUGGAUUCUAGUAAUACUAAUACUGAAACAAUAACAACAAAUCCGCCUUCAAAUGUAAAAGAUAAUAAUAUCGAUGAUUCAAAUAUACAAGUUGUAAAUAUUGUAAAUAAUAAAGACGUUCCACUAAUUGCGGGGGAAAAAACAGAUAAUGAAAUUGAUUGCUCGGAAAUAAAAAGUACAGGUUUAGCUUUGGCAGAAACUGAAAUCACACCUAUUGCAGAUCAAAGGUCAAUUAAUAAUACAGAUGAAGUUGAACAGAAUAAGGAGCAAGAUAUAAAUCAACCAGAAGAUACAAAUAUAGAACAUGAAGAAUCAAAUAGUACAAAUGUCCAAAGGAAAAGUAUAUUAUCAGAUCUCAUGGAAAUGUCUGGUAUUUCAGCUGAUGAUACUACACCGAAUAUGCCUGUUGACGUCACGCAACAACCAGUUUUAUUAUCCCAUGAUGCAGUUCUAAAUGUAUCUAAUCCGAUUGUUGAUUUUCCUCAGUUAUAUCCAGUUACAUCAUUCCGUGAGUUAAAGUAUGCUUGUGAAAAGAAUGGUAAUUUUUUUAAAUGCGAUUUAGAUACAGGAAUACUAUCUGUAAUAAAUGUAAGUAUUAAGAAAAAUCCAAAAAAAAUAAAAAUACCAGCAUUAACUCCAAUUGCACCAAAAACACGGAUAAUAGAUUUAACAGACGACAAUGACGAAAAGACACCAACAAUAAAACCAAAAAUAAACAAUAAAGACUCCAAACGAAAAAAACAAAGGAAAAAAAUUAAGAAUAUUAACAAAGAACAGAAUUCAGGGAAUGCGAAAGCAAAAGCAAGAAAUCUCCUUCCAAAAAAUACAGCAAAACCCAUAAAAUUGUUUAAAGUAUCUUACCCUAGCAUAUUAAAGAGAAAUAAAAUAGGAAAUGUAAGUCAUGAGUCCUGCAAUGAGGAAAUAAAAAAAUCGGACAUGAAACAUAGGAUUAACGUAAAGAGGAAAAGAAAACAACAAUUUGACGAUACCGAUCGUAAUACUAUACACACAUUUGACGUUAGCGAUAAACUUCGAGAGCAGGCAGACGAUAGUCAAGAUAAUUCUUCUGACGACGAACCCCUCGCAAAUAAAUCGAAACGACUAAGACAAGAAGAGACAAAGGUUAAUAAUGCAGACGUUGAAAGUGAAACGGGAGGUAUUUAUAAAGAUUGUACCACACUAACUCCAGAUUUAAUAGACGAGUUACCAAGUAAUAGAGUAAUGGAAAGUAUCGAAUCAGAAUCACAUCCAACCAUUUCCUUCAUAUCUGACAUUGAUAUGUCGCAGGAAGACUGCGUUUUAGGCGUAUAAGUAAAGGAAUAAUUUCAAAUUUCAUUUUCAACAUACGCUUGUCGUACUAACUUAGGAUCCAAUUCUACCCUCAACAGAAUGUUAUCAUCGUAUAAUAAAGCCGUAAAUGUUGACCAUGAUAUCGACAUCUUUGGUAAUUCUUUAGUGCAGUAUACUAGGCUUAUUAAUAAUAUGGAUUAGUAGUUAGGUCUUUUCUAAUUGUAUAAUUGUUAGUUAGUAUACAUUGACGCUGUGAGAGCUGUAUACGCCUUUAAUUGAUAUGUUCAUAUAGCCUUAAGCUUGGUAGUGAGGAGUAAGAUUUUUUUGUUCAAACUUAGAUUUAAGCAUUUUGUAAUAGUAGUUUUUCUCUUUUACUUACUAAUAAUAUUGUAUAUUGUCUACUUAAUUAUUGUGAGCAUAUUGUUGGUGUGUCUUUUAUAAAUAAAUAAAUAAAUAAAUAGUGUAAAAAGAAUUAGCGGAAAAACUUAAACAAUUGAAUUGUGGUUGAAUCAAAAUCACACAAUGUAUGUUAAAUACAAAGUUAAGAGGGUUAAUACCGAAACUUAUCGAAGUGGCAGCAUUGGAUAUUAGUUUUGGUCAGUUUUUAUUAACAAUUUAGUUGAUUGAUUAUUUAAAAAAAGUGCUGUGUUAGCGAACUAAAACGUUAAUAUACCUAUAUAUUAACGUUACAGAAUAAGUUGCAUAUAUUGGUGUAUUUGAGUUUAUUUUCCAGGACUCAGGCGCGUCCUGGAAAAUAAUCUCAAAUUGGCGUAUUUGAGAAAUCUCUUCGUCAAAUCUCUUGUAAAGGGGCAUAUGGUCUCUUAUACAUACCCUCUCUUAUAUAUGUCCUUGCUUGUAGUUGAAAGUUCUGUUUAUGAUCUUGUGGGUACAAGACAAAUCUGGGGUGAGCACGAACCCCCUCUCCCUUAAUUUUUUUAUACCACAAAGCUGGCAAAUAGGCAUACAGCCCAUCUACUGGUAAACGGACUGUAGCGUAUGGACGCCUGCAACACCAGCGGUGUCACUGCGUUGCCGACCCUGAAGAAAUCCUUUUUGAAGAACCGCAUACUGUAGUCUAAAUUUGCUUCGAAUGUUACCAAAUACUUUUUUGCUAUUAAAAUAAAAAAAUUCAAUGACAACUUUGUACAAAUCUUGUUGCUUAAAGAAUAUUUUAGUUCACUAGCAGAGCAUUUUUUUUUAAUAUUCAAUCAAAAAUUGUUUAACGUGAAAUUUUAUGAACUUACUAUAUUUAGGGUUUUCGAUAAUUGUAAAAGUCUAAACAAUAAACAACAAACGUAGUAUGUUUUAUAUUUCUUGGGUGCGUGGCAUACUACUACUGUCCUUGCGUCCUGUACAUUUCUACCUCGUACAACUAGGUUAUGGAGUGAGUAGGAGUGACUCCCGUCUUCAGUUUUCCCUUUACAAUAUAAUAUAGGGAAUUUAAUAAAAAACGUGUUUGCAAAUAUUUGUAAGGUCGGCAACGUACAAACAACUCCUCUCGCGUUGCAGGUGUUCAUGAGUGAUUUUUUUUUUUAUUUUUGUAAUAUCUAUUACAUAUAUAUUAUUAACGACUGUAUUGUUAAUGAAUAUGUCGGAAACAUAAUGACUUCGCUCAUAUUAUUUGUUAUAUUUUAAUUAUAGUUAAAUAAAGUAUAAUUUUUAACAAACAAGUCGGGUACCUUAUAAAAACAUACAUUAAUAAUGUAAAUAUUAAGAAUAAGAAAUAAAGUUAUUCUUACUCUGUACAUUAAUAUAUACUUAAUCGCUAUAAGACGUGUGUAGAUAUAGAAUAAUUUUAAUUUUAAAUACAGAAUCUAGGCCAGUGUUUCCACUAAGUGGGGAUAUACGCAGAGCUAAAAGAAAUUAUUGUUCGUUAUCAUAAAUUAAUAUUUGAGACAUUGUACAACUUUUAUCGAAAUAUUUAUUAUCUGAAUGUUUAUUGUAUAUUCUGUAUAUAGUUGACGUUGAAAAUGUAUAUAAAAUCCUAUAGGUAUAAAGUAUUUUUAAAUAGUAUUGCUAAAAAAUUUUACCUAUUGACCUCUAUACGCCUCAGAAGGAUUUUUUUUAACACGUUAAUAGCCACGAUAAUAUCAGAAAAAAAUUCGCAUGGGCCAUGGUAACUUUAUUAGAUAAUUUAAUUAAAAAUGUAUCAAGGAAACAAUGUAUUACAGAAUUUUUUUUUUGCCAAAAUUCCCGGAAAAACUUUUUUAUGUCACACAUAUCGUCAUAGUCGUAGAAUAUUGACGGAUCUUUAUAUGUAAUAUUUGUCAGAUCCGUCAGUAUUCUACGACUAUGACGAUAUAUGACUUUACUUUUUUAACUGAAACAA